AUGUGCGAGCAGACCGGCCCCAGAGCCGGGUCAUCCGCAGCCAUGAAUCGGGAAGAUCACUACUACCCCUCGCAGGUGUUCAAAGACUCCUGCGCCUACCAGAGGCCGCAGGGCGAGGACUACAGCCACAGCCCGCCGCCCUGCCUCUACAUGAGCAGGCAGGUGCACUCCAUCUACACGCAGCCGGCCAUGGGGGCCCUGGAGCAGUCCGGGCUCUCUGACAUCGCCCCCUCCUACAACCUGCCCGGCCUGCGGGAGGACCCCGGGGUGCCACAGCUGCACCACCCGCAGGGGCUCCAGCAGCAGACCCUCCAGCCCGCCGCAGGCUACGGAGACGCGGUGGAGCAGAGCAGAUAUCACCUCCCUUUCCCCUGGAUGAAAACUACAAAAUCCCACUCACACACCUGGAAGGGACAGUGGGCAGGAGCCUACGUCAUGGCUGAGACCGAGGAGAACAAGCGCACCAGGACGGCCUACACGCGUGCGCAGCUGCUCGAGCUGGAGAAGGAGUUCCUGUUCAACCGAUACAUCUCGAGGCCGCGGCGCGUGGAGCUGGCCCUGACCCUGGGCCUCACCGAGCGGCACAUCAAGAUCUGGUUCCAGAACCGGCGCAUGAAGUGGAAGAAGGAGGAGGACCGCAGGAAGGUGAGGGUCGCGGACCCGGACCAGGACUCCUCCAUCACCUCCGGGGACCAGGGGGAGGCCGCGGGAGGCGUCUCCUCCACCAACGGAGCUCACGCCUCCUCGCCGCCCGUGUCCCCGCUGCGCGCCCACUCUCUGUCCGCUGCCGGGUCCCGAGAGACCGCCUAG